UUCGUACCACGUAGUGUAAAAUGUGCAGAAAGCAGGAUGGUUCUUAAAGAAAAUAUCUCAGAAUACCAACCAAAAUUAAUAAAGAAGAUGAUGCUUACUUUUUCCUGGAUUCUAGCAUUUUAUGGAACAGAAGUUAGAGGGAUUAAUUUGCCAGGAUGUUCCUAUGUAAAGCCUCAAGUAUGGUAUCGUGCAAUUAGUGAUGAAGAGUUUGUUUUACAAUGUGCUUUGCCACGUAAAGAUGCUACCAACAUUUAUAACAACUCAGCUCUAAAGCAACAUGAGGUGAAAUGGUUAUGGUGUCAGAAAGACAAAGGACAUCUUAAAGCUGUUGAGGAAAGCUCUGACGUUACUCUGCAAGGGGAUGCACUUUGGUUUAAACCAGUAAAGGAGAAUGCUUCUGGAAUCUACAUCUGUAUGAUACAUGAAAAAAUCCCGUGUCUCAAAAUUGUUCUGGAGGUUCAGACAAAGGCAGAGGCAAAAUGUGCAGGCUAUGGUACAAACACACUGCAUCUUCUUGCUGGCAGUGGGAAUUCAAUAGCUUGUCCUGGGACAAAAUGCUACAGCCAUAUAGAUAAAGUGGAUGUAAGAUGGUACAAGGAUGGCCGUCAGAUAGAAUACAGGAAAACCAGGAAAAGCCUAAAGUUUGUGGAUAAUGAAAUCUACUUGAAAACAACUUAUGUUCAAGACGCUGGAAUAUACAUAUGUGAUUACACCAUAUUUGACAACACUACUCAAUGGACAAUGAGAACAGCAGUUACAGUAGAAGUCGUUGCAAAAAACACUAUCCAUCCACCAAACAUUUUGCAUCCCAGUGGUGUGGCGAUUCUUGAAGCAGAACUUGGAAAACCCCUUGAAUUGGAAUGCCGUGUACAGUUUGGGUUUGAAAGAGGUACUCAGAAAAGAGUAAUAUGGAAAAGAGACAAUGAAAAUAUAAAUGAGAAAUUGAACCAGGAAACAAGUGUUUGCCCAAGAUGUUUAAAGGGACAUGUGCUUCAUCAUGUUGCUAAACUGAAAGAAGUUACUGAGAAGGACCUAAGAAGCAACUUCAUCUGCUUUGCUCAAAAUUCUGUGGGGAAUGCUACUGCUGUGAUCCAACUGAAAAAAAAACAGAGAGUGUUUUUCUUGUACAUACUGUGCAGUGCCAUUUCUAUUCUCUUUGCAUUUCUUUUGUGCACUGCCUUUAUUUAUCAGCACUGGAUUGAAAUAGUGCUGAUGUACCGAAGCUAUGUGGCCCACAAUGAAACUACAGAAGAUGGCAAAGAAUUUGAUGCCUUUGUAUCCUAUGCAAAAACAGACUCUUCUGAAAGUAACUCUGCUUUUAUUAGUGAGGAAAAAUUUGCCCUGGAGAUCCUUCCAGACAUGCUUGAAACCAAAUACGGAUACAAGUUAUGCAUUCUUGAAAGAGAUAUUCUUCCAGGAGGAGCAUACACAGAUGAAGUUGUUACAGCUAUUAAACAAAGUAGAAGAACAAUCAUUAUUCUGAGCCCAGCCUAUGUCAGCGGACCAAACAUCUUUGAACUGCAGGCAGCAGUGAACUGUGCACUGGAAGACAAAAAGAUCAAGUUGGUUUUAAUAAAGUUCCAAGCUUUCCAGGAGCCAGAGACCUUGCCUCCAGUAGUUAAGAAGGCUCUUCGGAUUUUACCAGUCAUUACCUGGAAGCCUUCUAUUUCUACUGCUCCAAACAAAAAGUUCUGGAAAUACAUGCACUACCACAUGCCCGUGAAUACCACUAAGGCGUUGCGAAAUUGCAGCCUAAAGGGCUUUUUCCAAAGGUUAUUCAGCCUGGUACAUCGAUAGCAUAAAUUUC